GCACGCAUUACAAAGCUCUCUGGAAGGCUUGGCUGGUAGAUCUGCUGCUUGCUCUGCUCAUGACCCAUUUUGGCUUUCUUCAAGAAUCAAGACACCAGCUGCCUGGGUCAUCUAGGAGGCAGCAACAGGGACAGCAACCCUGGUCUGGAAAGGGAAGUGGGGAAGGAGAAGAGGAGGAGGAGGAGAAAGAGGAGGAGGAAGGGAGAGGACAGAAAAACAGAGCAGGGGGAGAGAGAGCGCAAGUUGCUUUCCUCCAGUUGUGAAGAUUUGAAUCCCAGCUCGGAGUUCACAGCAAAGGCUUGCCGGGACACCUCAUUCCCUGCCCUGUGCAAAGACCAUGUCCACUGGGUCCCUCAGUGAUGUGGAAGAUCUGCAGGAGGUUGAGAUGCUGGAGUGCGAUGGCUUGAAAAUGGAUACUAACAAAGAGUUUGGGGCAUCCACCGAGAGCAACGAGGAGGGAUCGAAUGGCGAGAAUGGCUCCCCUCAGAAGGGGAGAGGGGCCUUGGGCAAGAGGAAAAAAGCUCCCCCUAGGAAGAGCCCUUUAAAUGGAGUGAGCCAGGAGGGAAAGCAGGUCCAGAGAAACGCCGCCAACGCCAGGGAGAGGGCAAGGAUGAGGGUCCUUAGCAAAGCCUUCUCCAGGCUUAAGACCACCCUGCCCUGGGUGCCCCCAGACACUAAGCUUUCCAAACUGGACACCUUGAGGUUGGCCUCCAGCUACAUCGCUCACCUGAGGCAGAUCCUGGCCAAUGACAAGUACGAAAAUGGCUACAUCCACCCAGUCAACCUGACUUGGCCUUUUAUGGUAGCCGGCAAGCCCGAGAGUGACCUGAAAGAAGUGGUGAACACAAACCGCUUGUGCGGCCCGACGGCAUCCUGAGCCCCGGCGGCAGGGACAGCAUCAUCCCGGCGGCGGGGACAGCAUCGUUCCCGGGGCAGGGACAGCAUCACCCCGGCGGCGGGGAAAGCAUCGUUCCCGGGGCAGGGACAGCAUCAUCCCGGCGGCGGGGACAGCAUCGUCCCCGGGGCAGGGACACGGUGGCCCCGCCGCUGCCCCAGGCAGAGCCGCGGAGAGAGCCGCGCUCCGGGCGCAGAGGAGACCAAACGUGUCCUAGCAAAGACUCCACCCCAAGAGACCUCGACUCUAUUUAACUUUAUUAAAUGUGUGUACACUCGAGUGUCCCGCAACGACAGCCUUGCUGGUUCAAGCGCUACUAGAGAAAAAGAGAUCAAACAAAACCUACUACGCGCGUAUCUUUUGUCUGAGACCUGUGAAAUAUGUAGAUGCCUAGAAAAACUGACUUUGACAGUCAUCUCUAUUCACCUUAAAGAUAUAUAGAUAUAUUUUCUUCAAGCAGGUUUUGCUCUAUUGUUGUGAAUAAACCUUCCUUCCCACUG